ACACAGAAUGCUUGGAAGUUCCCCGGCGGCUUGUCUGAUCCAGGAGAAGAUAUCGGUGCCACUGCUGUUCGCGAGGUCUUCGAGGAGACCGGCGUUCACUCCGAGUUCAGGUCUCUGCUCAGCAUCCGGCAGCAGCACAACCACCCCGGCGCCUUCGGCAUGUCGGACAUGUACAUCAUCUGCCGACUCGGCCCGCUCAGCUACGACAUCAACUUCUGCACCCAGGAGUGUCUGCGCUGCGAGUGGCUGGAGCUCGCCGAGCUGGCGAAGACCGACCACACGACGCCCAUCACCUCUCGCGUAGCCGGGCUUCUGCUCCGCGGGCUGGAGCGGGGCUUCGGAGAGAUCGACCUCGCCAUGGAGGAGCUUCCCGCCGUCUACUCGGGGAUGUUCUACCAGCUGUACCACAGGCAGCUGAAAUGCUAGCGAGCCAUCAUCCACCCGACGGGGGUAGCGUAUCGCGGCUGUGUUGACAUACAGUUGUCAGUAUUACUCAUAUUCAAGGUGUAUUUAUGACUGUUUGGUUUGGUUUGCAGUGAGAAAUACGGUGCAAAACUACAAGGAAACACUCACUUUGUGUUUUCUAAAGAUAUGCCACUGUGGUGCCUGCAAGACUGCAGAGUUUUAUACGGUUAAUUUAACAUUUUUUUGGAGGCCAUGUUGGAAAUCCACAUCUGUUGGACAGUAUUGGCUGCCAGCAGCAGAUUCCUUUCUUUAAUUAUGCUGUAUUUUUAAACAGGGAUCAGAUACAAGCUAACCACCAGCGUCGGCUGACCGUUUUUGCCGAAGCCAACGUUAGUGGCAAGAAGUUGCAAUAUUCAUAUUGGCUGACUGACCACCAUGACUGGUCAGAGAGGUCACAAUCAUCUUUUAUGUUGUUUUAUCUCUUAUUAAGAAAGGUAGAAGUUAUGUUCCGGUGCCAUGCGACGUGGAUCGUUUUUUUUUGCACAAAUCUAAAAUGAUACACUAACGAGCUCAGGUAAUCUGUAAAGUAUCCAGUAAGUGUACUGAGUACUUCUUGGGUUUAGUGGGCUUCGUUUUUACUUUGUCAAACAAUGUUGGAUCACAACAUUCUAAAAUUCAGUUACGUAGUUGAAGUCCUUCACUCUUCUAAAGUUAUAAUAGUGUAAGAGUUGAGAGCAUUUGCAUCUUUUAUGUUGGACACGUUUUAACAGAAUAUUCCUCGACGGGCCCGACGUCUCUCAGCUAAACUCGGACUGUUCUGUAGGAAGCACACUUGUUAUCAAAAGGUUUGCCGCUUUAAAUCCUUCAGCCAGAGAGAGGGAAGACCUGCAUGGGUUAAAUGAACACUGCCGUACUUGAGCAAGGCACCGGGCUGGUUUGAAAGUAAAAGCUGAGAAAGAGAGCGGGACACGUUCGGGGAUCAAACAGUCAGAAAGCGUCACAGCUAUUUUGGGCAACGUCGAUGGAACGCUUUGUCUUCGUUGCCGUCACAUCUUCUUCUUUGUUGCCGCCACUAAGAGGUUUAUAUUUCUCAAACAGAUUAGCACUUGGCGGACAUCGGAAGAAAAAGAAUGGCCUUUUGACCCGGUCCAGUUUUGCUUCCAGACUUGUACUGGCCAGUCCGCUUCAGUGCCACGUACAUGUUGGGGUACUUCCUGGAGCGGUAGGUGUUGUAGUUGUUGCUCUCGAGCCGCUCGUGGAAGUAGCAUUCGUCUGUAGCCCGUCUCUGGAGAGAGACACAGAGUUCAUUUAAGGAAGUUUUGAUUUGAUGUUCAGGGUGCUGCAUUUACUUCUGCUUUAUUCCCGAGGAGCGGGAGGGGCACAACAAUACACUUACUUUGCAAACUGAGGAAAUGUAAGAAAACUGUGAAACUACUCUGAUAUUUCAAUAGAUGGAAAGUGAAGUUAGGUCAUUUAGUCGAUUAAUAGAAGUGUUACUGUGUUUCUUUCCUCUCUGCUCAUGAACAUCAGUACUGUCGUGGAAUUCCAUGUUAUGUUAUUUAGUUUGGAUGACAUUUGAUUGAAUUUGUGUAAUAUAUGUUGUUGGAAAGGGAGAACAUUUAUAAUGCUGACAAUGUAUGACAUUAAAUUAUACACAUAAAACACCCAGAGCUCAAUGCCACCUUUAUUUUUCAAAUAGACUGUUGGUUUGAAAUCAUUUCUGCUCUCACGCUUAUACAAUAAAGGCUUUGUUUAAAGGAAGUCAUGUCUGACGAGGGACGUUAGUACGACUCUAUCGGCGCAUGUUUAAACAUGGAGGUGAACGGGCUGAAAACUAAACCGUUUAAGAUGUCACAUUAAUGACGAGGUCUAAAAGGGACCAAACAUUCAUAUCAAUAUAAAAUAUGUUAUGUUUUCUAGUUUUAGUGCGAUUCCCUCUUUUAACAUCGUCCUUUUUGGAAAACAUGAAUUACUGAACAUUUGGUGAAAACGUUGCUGUGACAAGCUACGGACCACUAAACCAUUGAUCGCCACGCUAGUACGAGCCUGAACAUA